AAGGGCUCAGUGGUUGCUACGCUAUUGGUCUCCAAACGAUGUUUUUGAGGUCUUCACGAUGUGUUCUAAGGAGAGAUUUCAUGGCUCCACUGCUGAGGCUGAAAGAACCAGGUUUUGGCGCUGCUCCGUACCGCUUUACCAGGUCGAUUUCGAAGAAAACACCGCUGAUUGCUCCUCCGUCCAGCGUUGCUGUUGAUUAUCAGAUAUCAUCAGCUAUGCCCGAUCUUACGAAGAUCGUCAAGCCCAUAACGCCAAACGACUCCUACGUCAGCUGUACAGUGUUUGACAUAAACGGAAACGUGACUGCGGUCUCGAAACACUUUCCAAAGAUGCAAUUCUUACAAGACCAUGGGCUGUACCCGAGAGAUCUGCGUAAGAUUGAUACGUCGGCAAUAGACGUCAUACCUUCCAUAGUGGUGAGGGACAACUGUAUUCUUGUGAAUUUGUUGCAUAUCAAGGCACUCGUGCGGGCUGAUAGCGUGAUGAUUUUUGACACCUCAGACAACAGUGCUGCGUCAAAGCUGGGACUCUUUGUCUAUGAUCUUGAAUCGAAGUUGAGCUCGCACAGUCACGAUUGGAUCCAGCAGUAUGAACACAAGGCACUCGAGAGCAUCCUAAUUAACGUCAUGUCGUGUCUGGAAACGGAACUGCAACACCAUCUCAAGAGUUGUGGACUGAUACUGGCUGAAUUGGAAGACCAGUUAGACAGAGAUAAACUGAGAGAUCUUCUGAUCAAGAGUAAAGCACUCCAAGCAUUCUACCAAAAGUCCCUCCUUAUCAGAAACGUCUUGGAUGAAUUGUUAGACAACGAUGAUGAUCUCCUGGGGAUGUACCUCACGGAUAAGCUCGAAUCGACGUCCAGAGAGGAAAGUGGUGACUUUGGUGAGGUUGAGAUGCUCUUGGAGGCUUAUUACAAGCAGUGCGAUGAAUUCGUUCAACAAUCUGAAUCGCUCUUGAGUGAUAUCAAGAGUACAGAGGAGAUUGUCAAUAUCAUCUUAGAUGCGAACAGAAACUCACUUAUGCUUUUUGAAUUAAAGGUUACAAUAUACACAUUAGGAUUCACAGUCGCUACAUUACUUCCAGCAUUCUACGGAAUGAACUUGAAGAACUUUAUAGAAGAAUCCAAUUUGGGGUUUGCAGCUGUUAUUGGACUCUCAACUGUUAUGGCCUUGGCUAUCACGUCGAUGAACUUCAAGACAUUAAGAGGUGUUCAGAAAUUGACGUUGAUGAGUCCAGGUGAGAAGUUGAACAACAAGCUUGGUAAGGCAAAGGUGGCCAACAAUUCGAAGUGGUUCAGUCAUAGUUGGUGGUGGUUCAACAAGCAAAGAAAAGCUGAUCCUGCGAAACGUGAAGUCGUCUGGAAAUGGCUCAUAGAUGAGAAGGAGAAAUGAAGUCUGUACAUAUUUAUAAAGCCCUCAUAAUGACUAUUAAUGACAUAGAUUUAAAAGAGAAA